UAUAAAAAUUAACAAUAUAACAUGGGAACAAGUAGUUCUACAUAUCAAUUUAACUUCUCUUAAUAUUAAUACUUACAACAAAUCAUUGAUCCUAGAUUUGGAGAAGUUAAAUUAUACUAAAAAAAUGACACAGGAGAAUUGAUUUGUGUAAUUGAAAAAAUAUAAAGCUAACCAACUAAACCAUUCAAAAAACUUGAACAUCCUAAUUUAUUAAAAGUUCAUUACUAUUCUGCUGUAACAUUUAAAGUAUAUUAUUUACUUAUUACAAGGAAGUAUGUUCUACAUUCACUAAAUUAUAUAUAGUGUAUGAAUACAUCAAUAACGAUCUCAAAACAAUCAUAAAUAAUAGAUAUAACAAAAAUUCAUUUUUCACUCAAGCAUAACUCUGGUCCCUUACUUAUUAGAUCCUUGAUGUCUUAAAUUAUUUAAAAACCAACAACAUAUAUCCAAUGGAAAUUCGCAAUUUAUAUAUUUCCAAUUAAGGAAAUCUAAAAUUCAAUUCUCUUUUUGAUAAUCAUAUGACAUCCUUCUAAUAACUCUUCAGUUAGUUUACUGAAGACUUUCAUAUAUCUCCAGAAGAGUUAGAACUAUUCAAAAAUUAAUCAAAUAUUAACCAACUUAAUCCUGAAUUAUGUCAAAUCUUUUAGUCUGGCUUAACCAUUUUAUGGGCAGCCUCUCUUAAUGAUCCUUCAACAUUAUUUAAUAAAAAUGAAUGGAAGUUGAAUGAAUAGGAUCUAUAUUCCAGAAUCUCAGAAUUAUAAUACACUGAUGAUUUUAAGACUUUUCUUAUCCAAAUGCUUUAAAUUAAUCCACUUUAAAGAGGCACUUUUUAAUCCUUACUAGUUUCGAUCUAAAAAUUUUAUAAAAAUGAAGAUCUUCUUAAAAUUUAAAAACCUGAUCCAAUACCAACUAAUCACUAAUUCGAUGAAUAUGAAUAUCAAUCUUAAUCAUCAUAUAAUCAAUCAAAUAGAAAGUAAAAACCAAAUCUAUAAUAAAAUAAAAUAUAAUAGUUCCAAAAAUAAAUUUCCUUAAUUGGUUCCAUAACUUUAAAAGCUGAAACUCAAGAGAUUAAUCGGAAUAAUCAUUUAUUUGCAAAUAAAUUACUUCAAUAAGACAACCCAUAAGAUCGUAAUUAUUAAACUCAAAAAUCCAAGUCUUUUUUAUAAUUUUAAACUCCUGAUUCAUCUCCAAUUCAAACUUCAAGAAAGCCUCCAUCUAUCUCAGCAUCUAAAAAUCAAUUAAAUAGCACUUCUAAACCUAAUAUACCCAAUUAGUUUUAAUUCAACAAAGAAAAAAUAUUAGACACAAGCUACUUUUCAUAAUAAUCUCUCUUAAGUAAUAAUAAGAGUCAAAGAAGUUUAUUAGAAAAUAGAAUUGAAGAAGCCCUUAUGAAGAGUAAAUUAGCAUUAGCAAAAUUUGAUCAAACCAUUAAAUAAAAUAAUUAUUAUAAAAAUUGA